AAUUUAGAUUUUUUAAUUAUUGCAACAUUUUCACAAAAUGUCCGACGCUAAAUGCCAAAGUGAUGAUAUUGAGCCAUCCGCGAAGAAAAUCAAAAAAGAUGAGCAAAACGGUAAUCCAGUAACAGAACUGCAUGUACAUCUGAAGGACUUUAUACCGACAAAGAUAAUAAAUAACAAUACGAAUGGAAAAACUGUGUGUGUGCUCGGCAGUUUCAAAGACAAAAGUGGUGUUGCGGUCGUACUUCUAGAGAAGAAAGCAUUUUCAGGGGAUCAAUUGAAUGACUCCGGCUACUUUUCGGACGCUACAGAACUGCGUACGCUCUUCCAAAACGAUAUUUACGGCAACUUUGAGUGUUACCCGAAGCCUGAGAUUAAUGGUGUGAAAACUUCAAUAAUAUACCCCGCUACAGAGAAGCAUAUUGUCAAGUUUAGUCAACAAGUGAAACAUGUAAUACUUGAGACUCCAGAGUGCUAUGAUAAACUGACUUUGCCCUUUUUACAAAAAGAGCAGUUUAGUUUACAGUGGGUACACAACAUUUUAGACGGCAAGAGCGAGCAAGAUAGGGUAGUGCAUGACAAUAAGUGCGAAAAGGAAGGCUUCGUUUUGCUCCCGGAUUUUAAGUGGGACGGUAAAACCAAGGAAACUCUUUACUUGUUGGCCAUAGUAAGGCCGAGGAAUAUCAAGUCGUUGAGGGAUUUAAAUGAGACACAUUUGCCGCUGUUGAAGAGAGUUAGGAAUGAAGGAAAGAAAGCAAUAGUAGACAAGUACAACGUCCCCGGCAGCCAACUACGUGUGUAUCUUCACUACCAACCGUCGUUCUAUCAUCUACACAUCCAUUUUACAUAUCUCCUGCACGAAGCACCUGGAAUUUAUGCGGAGAAGGCACAUCUCCUUGACACGGUUAUUGACAACAUCGAAAUGAUGAGUGAUUACUAUAAGAAAGCUACCCUACCUUUCACUAUUCGUGAAAUGGACAACCUUUUCAAAGUGUAUGAAACGAACGGACACGUUAAUAAGGUUAUAUCGGAUAUUGAUAAAUAA